CCCAAACACUCAAGUCUAUAGAGCGCCAGUAUGGGUAUAGUAAUACGAACUUUAAGGGUCUCAAAGGUACACAUGGGUGGUGCCCAAGAGGACAGACACAGUGAUUGCUCACCCAUGCAGGAUUGUUCAGCCAUGUUCCUUGAGUCAGGAAAUGGGCUUGUUUGCAAUAAGCAUCCACACAGGCUGUGUGACGACAUAGCAAACACUGUUGCUGCUUCUCUUGACACAGCAGCAGGGAGAGACACAUGGACAUUGAUGUGUGUAAUGACAACACAGGACACAGGAGUGACACCAGCUCAUAUCUUCAGGUCUAUUGCAAAAAGUCUAGGGAUGUUAAAAAAGCAAAAUAAAGGCCCUGAUACAAGAUAUGUUAAUUAUUAUACAGGGCCAGAAGAGGACAUGAAGACAAUCGUUUUGAGUUUAUCAGAGUAUGGAGGUGGAAAUAUAACAAUGGAAAAAGAUGAAGCAACAGGAUUAGUGAUGAUAUGUAUAAAUAAUCCACAGAAAAGAAAUGCUUUUAGUGGCAAAAUGAUGGUUGAGCUCCAUAAUGCAGUUACUGAAAUUGAGAAAUGGAAAACUGGAAAAGGGCUCAUCCUGUAUGGUGCAGAAGGGCAUUUUUGUUCUGGCGGAGACCUCAGUUUUGCUCGAGAAAAUUGUAAUCCUCAUGCAGGAUUUCAGAUGGCAACAAUUAUGACAAAUACUCUCCACAGGCUACACAACCUGCCAAUCAUGACAGUUGCAGUAAUAGAAGGAGCAGGUGCCUUGGGUGGAGGUGCAGAACUAGCAGCAGCCUGUGACUUUCGUCUUGCAAGUAAAAGUGCAGCUGGAAUAGGAUUUGUUCAUGGCCGCAUGGGAAUUAUUCCAGCCUGGGGUGGAGUUACAUGGCUUGCAGAUGUUGUAGGGUGUCACAAGGCCCUUGACUUAAUCUCGUCUUCACAAAUAGUAACUCCAUCUAAAGGCAUACAGACUGGAAUCAUAGAUGCCAUUAUCAGUGAUGAUAAUCCACUAGAUGAUGCAAAAGAAUGGUUAAAGGCACGAACACGAAGUGAUCCUGAAGUUAUUCAUGCAAUGAAGGCAGCAAUCAGAAAUGUUACAGAGUUGGCAUACAAAACUUCACUUCCAGUUGAAAGAAGAAUUUUUGCUCCAUUGUGGGGAGGACCAGCAAAUAAGCUUGCUCUCCAAAGAAAUGUGAAACACAAACUGUAAGAUUAAGAACUGCUUCACAGUAUUACACUUCGCUACAAAACUAUGCAACAGUUUUGAUGCUUGUUUUGUUUUUGUGACACCCAUGUGUGUAUUGUUUCUAGAUAAAUUAAGUUUAAGUAUAUGAAGGCUUAAUGAUAGUACCAUAGAAAAGAUAACCUAACUAAAAAGUUAUUAAGCUUACACUUUUUCUCUCUGUUUUGGUGCCAAAAACUUUCGUACUGUUCUUUGCACAUACUAUUUUACAUUGUAUGAAAAUAAUAUUCUUUAAUCUGUUAUUUAGUACACUCCCACAAUUCAUUUUGAAGAUAUAUUACAUAAAUGUAAAAGGAUAUUUAUCUCAUUCUUUAUCAUUUCACUUUGUUUUCCUCUUUGUUAGAAUGGAUUGUUAUACAACUACAUCAUUAAUAUAUCCUAAACAUACUUGUAAUUAAUACAGGUCACAUAACAGAUAACAGUUUUUAUUUAUUUAGUUUCACAAUGGCACUGGCACUUUUUGUUUUGCCUUUUUUUCUUUUUUAAAAAAGGAGCUAUUACAUAGCACUGACAUAUUCAACAAAUAUUUGCAUUCCUUAAAAUAAUGAGUAUUUCAGUUUGUACAAUAACAGAACGUCAAGAGAGGGAAAACUACGGUAGCACAUACACUGUAAAAACUGAAUGGUAAUUGGUACAGCAGUCAACACAAGGGUUUGAAACACUAUGGCAUAAGUAAUCCUUGGUCUUGAGGUUCUUCAGUUCUAUUCAAUAAUGCUACAGAAAGUCUAAUUUGUCUAAGCUUUCAGAUUUUGCAUGAAAAUAAGAACAAUGUCAAACACAUCAGUAAGACACUUAACUGUGCACUAUGAAUCUGAUUAAAGCGAAAAGUGUUUUUUGUACUAUGACUCACUGCAAGAACUCAGCUGUAUCAAAGAACCUCGAGACCAAGUAUCAACAUAGUUAAAUGCAACACCUUACAGGAUAUGACUUGGGUGCAACACUUACACUUUUACUCUUAAAUCAAAUGACUAGUGAAAUCCUUGUAAGAACUUUCUAGUGUGUAGUCGGAAAUCACCGAUACGUAGAUUUUAAAAUUUACUUAAUGCUGAAUAUGAAGCAAGAGGAAGAGAUGGUAAAUUUUAGUUUAUGGGUGUAAAAUUUUUUUGGGAAAAAAAGGGAGCUGUUUCUAUUUUAAGCUCUUUAAAUCCCACCACUGCAAAUAGUAUGGGAAGAAAUAGGAUCUUAAAAGCAUAUUAUAGAUCUUCCUAGCAAUAUGAUACUGAAUUAAAGUCCUGUUGUGUGUUGGUAAAUAAAUGAGAUGAAGCCCAGGGAUGGGGGAUGUAUCUGACAUAAGCAAUGAUAAGAUAAAGCUUACAGUGUGUAGGAUAUCAUUAUUAUAUACCAAAGAAGCACAUUGUUUUCUUUUUGUAAUAAAGGACAGUAUUCAUCCGAAAAAUAUGGAAUAAAUUUCCACUUUCUUAUUUUCAAACAGGGUAUUAUCUUUAGGAAAUAUAAAGAAACCCAUUCAUUUAUAAAGUCUUUAAUAGUUAUAUAUAUAAAUAUAUAUAUGUAUAUAUUUAUAACAUGGUCAUUUCAUUUCUUUUUUACAUUACAUGUAUUAUUGGACUGACUAGUUUCAAUUCAGUGUUGCAUUAUGAACAAGCAGACUGUUAAAAUUUAUAAAUAUUAUGGGUAAAUUAUUCUAAUUUAUAAACGAAUUCUUUUCCAAAUUUGCAAUUUAUCUUAACAUAACAUUAUUAAGAUCUCCAAACCACUUGUAGUCACAUAUUCGAGAUUAAAUGGCACACAAUUUUAUAGAACCUGUGCCAUAACUGAAGGAAAAAAAAUCCAUUUAACUUCAUGUAAAUUUUCAGGAUUAAACAUUCAGUGGUUUUGACACCAAUUUCAAGCUUUGACUGGACUGAAUAAAAUAUCUAAAUUUGGAUUCUUAAAAGAGACCAAACAAUUGAAAAGU